AUGAGCACCUCAAAAAAAUUCUAUGCUGGCAAGAAGAAGUUAGGAAUAUUUCAUCAUUCCAGCUUUCUUGCUUGUGGGUCUAUAUUAGCAGCUGGAAGACUAGGGGUAACAGAUGGGAUGCUUAAGUCUAUUUCAGCAUAUAGUGGGCAUUAUCGGCCAAAUAAUGAUAGUCUUGACAGCCUUUUAUCAUUUCUCAAGGAAAAUGGAGUCAACCUGGAUGAGGUAAAAGAAGACGAUGAGAGCAAUGUAGAGGGACAGUCAUAUGAGAGUCACUCUAAGUCUGAGCUUUCAACUGUAUCAAAUUCCCCUCUUCAAGUUGAUGAUCUGGAGGAAGAGGAGAAGGAACUUUCCACGGAAUUAAUAAGAAGUCCGCAAGCUCAAGAGACAAGUAGCUAUAAGAGAACACUUUCGGGUGGUCUUGAGAGCCCAAAAGCAGAGGUGCCAAAGACUGCAAUAUUGCAAAGGACCAACUCAAAGAAGUCUGCAAAGUCGUAUCAGUUGGGUCAUCCACCUGAUCUUUUUCUGCUGCUCGGACCAUUUGAUUUUUCUAUACUGCUCUUCGUUGAUACUCCGUCAUUAAUACCACGAAGCAAGGAAGCUACAUAUACAGUAGCACAUUAG